UGAGUUUUCUAGGUUUGCUGGCAUAUUGAGUAUGUACCACUUUCACAGCAUCAACUUUUAGAAUUUGAAAUAGCUCAACUGGAAUUUCAUCACCUCCACUAGCUUUGUUAAAUAUUAACAAUUUUACAUGUUUCAUCAAGUUACUUUGUCAUUCUGUAAGAAUUUGUCACUGAGGCCAUCAGAGUCCAUUAUGAAGAAAUUGAGUACCAAGGGCUGUCUGAAGGCAUGGUGCAGUGAUGGCAUAAGGCCAGAUGAGCUGAGCCUGUGAGGCAGCUGACUUAACCUGGCAUUGUCUGUUCAGCGUGGCUCUGGGAGGACAUCAUGCAGCCAGGUUUUUUUGUCAGUUUUACCAAAAAGGACAUGUUAUAUUUAUAUAUUACUUUGGCUGUCUUUUUUAUCUGUGUAUAAAAAUAGCACAUAGAAAUUAGCAAAUUCACAAAACAUAAAACCAUAAAGAAAAAAAAUCAUUUGUAAUCCCAUUAUCCAAUGAAAAGUAGAAUUGAUUUUUAAUGUAUUUUCUUUCAGUCAUAUAUACAGAAAUACUCUUACUAAAUACAUCAUACAACUACAUUAUUUUAAAAGGGAAAUGUAUGGAUGAAUUUUUGUGAAGACACAGAUUUAUUGCUUUCCCUUAUUAAUAAUUGCUGUCCUCUAAAAAAAGUGGUUUGUUUUAAUCCAAAGUAAAACAUAUAACUCUUAACUGAUUAUUUUUAUUUAGUUUCUAGUAUGAAUAUUUUGAGGGCUUCCCAGGUGGCCAUGGUAAAGAAUCCGCCUGCCGAUGCGGGAGACGAAAAAGAUGCGGGUUCGAUCCUUGAAGUAGGAAAUGGCAACCUGCUCCAGUAUUCUUGCCUUGAGUAUUCCAUGGACAGAGGAGCCUGGUGGGCUUCAGUUCAUGGGGUCACAGAGUCAGGACACAACUGAGUGACUGAACACGUGUGCUCAAGUACACACAAAUAUUUUGAUUAUAGCUGCUCCUAGAGUGGUUUUAUUAAAACAGAAGCAAAAUUGAAAGCACUACUAUUUUACUGAUGGUAUUGUAACAGCUUGUUGGUUUCAUUGCAUUUUUAUAGCAUUUUAAAUUCUUUAAAGCUAUCAGUUAAUGUAACAGCUGUUUAUAUCAGCAUAACUACCUAAUUUUAUAUAUGAGAAACCUGAGAUGGAAUAAGAGAAUAAGUUACAUGCCCAAAUUACAAGUAGUUAGAAAAACGUGGACUCUUAGCUUUGGCAAAUGGUUUUGCCAUUUAUUGAAAUGUAAGUCUCAGAAAUUAUUCUUUUUUAAGUCAAUAUUUAUUAAGCACUCAAAAUAGGGAGAUCAGAAAUAAAGUCUACGUCAAAUGUAGAGAGUAGUGGGUAAUCUGGUUUGGCUGGACAGCAAGGUAUUUGGGGGAUUUAGACUAGUGAGAUCAGACUGGAAAGUCAUUCGGAACCAUAGACUCUUCUUGCAUAAUGGAGUUCAUAAUAACCCUAAUAAAGCAUGUGCUGAUGGAUAUUUAACAAGCAGAAAUGAACAGAUUAGAAAAAUGAACAAGAAGUACAGAAAAUAUGUAAUGAUAGCCCCAAAUAUUAAAAACUAAAAGGGGAAAUGAAUUUGAGAGCCAUUAUAGAAAUAGAUUCCCAAGAUAUGGUGAGUAAGAAUGGUAUAUUAAGGGAGAGAGUGGUCAAGAUGAUUCCCGAGUUCAUACCUGAGUGCUUGGGGAAAUCUCAGGGGAAAAAAGAGGUUUAUUUGGUAGGAAAAAUGUAUUUAAUUGUUGGAUGUGCUAUGGUUGAAGUCUCUAUAAGACAUCCAAGUAGAAGAUGUGUGACCAGUAGGCAAAUUGUGGAUGGAAAAGAGAACUCAGGAGUGAAAUCAGAUCUGGAGACAUAGGCAGAGAAGUUACCUGUCUAAUGGGAAUAAUUUUUUAAUGCCAUAUCAUCAUUCCUUCUUGCCUACGUAUGUACAGUCUCAGUGUAUUUGAGGAAUGCAGGGCAGCAGUGUAGCCAAAUGACUGUUGUUACCACCCUUAGAACUAGGCAGUCACAGUGAGAGAGGGCACCUUAGGAUUCAGAAGAGCCCAAGCCUCAAGCAGCACAACGUGACUAGUGGGAAAACACAGACUAGGAAGGCUGUUUGAGUUGUUUGAGAAGAAAAUAAAGUUAUAUACCUCCUGUUUCUUAGAUAUUGGUAAACCUUUUGUGUACACCAUCUGCUUUAUUUCUCAACAAUCUCAUGAAAUAGAGAGUAUGAUCUUCAUUUUGAAGGUGAUGAAACUGAAGCCAAGAGAAGCUAAGUGAUAAUAGAGCAAGGGAGCAAGGAUUUGAACCGAUGGGAGUUCAGUGUCACGGGUCCUUUUGACAUACUUUGCCAUCUUUUCCAGUAAGACCUGUCGAUUAAGCUAUCAAACUUAUGCUUAAUAGGCUUUAGUUCCUUGCCUUUGUGUAAUAAGCACAGUGCUUCAGAUCUUAAAAUGUAAUUGAAUUCUGAUGGUGAGUAACCAUUGCCUGUAGUGAGAAAGCAUGUGUGUGAAGCAAACAAAAAAUGAAAGUUGGAUCUCAUAAGAUACAUCUCCAUCCCGGUAUGCAGACCUUCUGAAAUGUUUUCAGAUGUCAACAUUUGUUUAUUUUACUCUACUGAGUUAUGUGAAACUUAGAAGAAUGAACUGAGAGUCCAAAGAUACCUGGGAGGAAAGAUACUAAAAAUACACAAUUAACUAAAAAUUGUCAUAAUUUGACACUCCCAGUUAGCUGAAAAUUGUGCUCAUUUGACAUCAUCUGAAAUGCCACAGUACAAUCCCAAUUUGUGUUAGUAGGCACAGACAAGAUUGUGUGUUCUAAGAUACAAAGCUAGUUUGUACCAUGAAACUUCCUGUAAUUAUGGGUGCAUUUACUUGCCCAUCUUUUGUUUGUAUAUAUACCACUUCACAGCAAACUAGAAGCAAGUUAUGACAUUUCAACCAGACGAUAGUGUUGAAUAUAGGAACAGUGUAAUUCUUCUUUGUGUGUGCUGUUUCUGCAGUAUUUGGAAUGGAUGGGAUUUUCUUUGUUUUUUUUUCUCUUAAAGACCUAAUUUUUAAAUUUGCUUGUUAUUUUGGUCAUGUUUCUUAAAACUGAUCCGGAUAUAGUGAACCAUGAGAAGAAAUUAAUGCCAAAUAUGUAGUCUUCUAGCUAGAACUUCUGGUGCUGGAUUUUGAUUCUUCAGUUGUCAUGCUCUGUUAACAUACUUUCAUUCUUUAACAUUGCUCUUUGUUCUGUGGGAAAUGCUACAAGAAAAUAGGAAUUUCCUCUCACCGUUAGCCCUCUGGCAGUGUAUUUCAGUCUAAUUCCCGGCUUGCACUCAGUCCUGGUUACUACCUCCUCUUCUUACUGGCAGUCUAAAUUCCACUCAUCUACGAAGAGGGGGGUUCCAGACCGACGAGGAAACAGCUUUCAGACGCUGCACUGCAGGCGUAUUAAGUUAUCCCCUCACUGUGCAGUCUGGAAAUCGGGGAGCAUUUCUCUGGCAGUGAAUUCUAAUGAGCUGCUAAAGAUGCCAGAGCCUGUGUGCGCACCCGGGCGUUUUCUUCUUUCCCCUCCCCCGCCUCUUCCUUUUCCCAAGCCCCCUCUUCUCCCUAUUUCUCCUCCUCCUCCUUUAUCCCCUCCCUCUGUGUCUCAGUUCUGCAGUAAGCGAGGCUGUGGCACAUUCCUGCUUUGCAAGGCUUUCUGCUAAGGAUGUUCUGUGGCUUUUGUUUGGAUUGCAGCAUGCAGAAUUACAGCUGUUCAGAGGAGACUCAUUACAACUCUUGCUGAAGUCCUAGCCUUCCUCCCUUCUCUUCUGCCCCUGCCCCCCACCCUCACUGGCUGAAGACCUUGUACCCAGAGUUUGCCUUACUCCCCUGGUGCUAUGUGUAUGGUAAACCUGGUACUAUGGCCACAUCUGGGACUGGCCAGACAACUGCUGCUGGUUCUCCCUAUUCCAAGGAGGAUUUAAAGGGGAAUUACACUGCAGGCAAUGCACCAGAGCGGCAGCAUCGCGAGCUUGGGGACUAAGGCUCCUCGGGCAUUAUUGCAGACACACAGAGCUGACCGCAAUGACAGCAGCUGCUCCUUUGAACUGUUGGCAGCAGCCAAGCGGCAGCAUGAAGUAAAAGAUCACUCCUGAGCUCAAGAUGAACUCUACCUUGGAUGGUAAUCAGAGCAGCCACUCUUUUUGCCUUUUGGCAUUUGGCUACUUGGAAACUGUCAAUUUUUGCCUUUUGGAAGUAUUGAUUAUUGUCUUUUUAACUGUGUUAAUUAUUUCUGGCAACAUCAUUGUGAUUUUUGUAUUUCACUGUGCACCUUUGUUGAACCACCAUACUACAAGUUACUUUAUCCAGACUAUGGCAUAUGCUGACCUCUUGGUUGGAGUAAGCUGCCUGGUCCCUUCUUUAUCACUCCUCCACCACCCGCUUCCAGUAGAGGAGUCCUUGACUUGCCAGGUAUUUGGUUUUGUAGUAUCAGUUCUGAAGAGUGUCUCCAUGGCCUCUCUGGCCUGUAUCAGCAUUGAUAGAUAUAUUGCUAUCACUAAACCUUUAACCUAUAAUACCCUGGUUACGCCCUGGAGACUACGUCUGUGUAUUUUCCUGAUUUGGCUAUAUUCCACCCUGGUCUUCCUGCCUUCCUUUUUCCACUGGGGCAAACCUGGAUAUCAUGGAGAUGUGUUUCAGUGGUGUGCAGAGUCCUGGCACACCGACCCCUACUUCACCCUGUUCAUCGUGAUGAUGUUGUAUGCCCCAGCAGCCCUCAUUGUGUGCUUCACCUAUUUCAACAUCUUCCGCAUCUGCCAACAGCACACAAAGGAAAUCAACGAAAGGCAAGCCCGCUUCAGCAGCCAGAGUGGGGAGACUGGGGAGGUGCAGGCUUGUUCUGAUAAGCGUUAUGCCAUGGUCCUAUUCCGAAUUACUAGUGUAUUUUACAUCCUCUGGUUGCCAUACAUCAUCUACUUCUUAUUGGAGAGCUCUACUGGCCACAGCAACCGCUUUGCAUCCUUCUUGACCACCUGGCUUGCUAUUAGUAAUAGUUUCUGCAACUGUGUCAUUUAUAGUCUUUCCAACAGUGUCUUCCAAAGAGGCCUAAAGCGCCUAUCAGGGGCCAUGUGUACUUCUUGUGCAAGUCAGAUGGUAGCUAAGGACCCUUACACAGUUCGGAGCAAAGGCCCUCUUAAUGGAUUUCAUGUCUGAAGUGGUUCAAAUAUUGGGUUGCUGUGUGUUUUGUGUGUGUGUGUUUCCUUUUUAUCUUUUUGUAUUUCUAGUUCUCCGGGAAAUAUGGGACAAAAUAAUUUAAUAAUUUGAUUCUAAGCAAUAGCUAACAAGUGAUCCAUCCAAAAUACCUUGUUAAGUUUGCAGAAAUGAUUUUUUUUUAAUGCUUUUGAAUUAGAAAAAUCAGGACCAUGAGGAUAAAUUGCUGUUCAUAAUGUCAUAGAAGUAACUGUAUUUCUCAGACUUAAAAAUGAAUAAAGCCAUAUCUAACACCUCUCCAGCUGGCAUGACUGAACCUGGUUGUGAAAAGCGUCAGCAUUUUUCAAAGUCUUUGUUUUCUUGUUGCUUUUUUGGGUUCUUUCUAGCUGUUUAGGCUUCAUGUACAAUUAAUUUAACAGGAAUAUUAAAAUACAGUGAUGAAUUAACUGUGUAGUAAUUCAGUGAUGAAUUCUUCAUGUAUGUCACAGUGUAACUAUGCUGCAGGUUUCCAUACUGCCAUUCAGAAAGCCGAAUGUUUUGUCUUAUUCUCUUGAGAAAAUUCUCAAUGCAGUGAAUAAUGUGAAAACUUAAACAUUAAUUUUAAAUUUGUUUGUUGAAUUGUGAAGCAAAAGUGCAGUCAAAUUAUAUAAUUUAUAUAAAAAACUAAGAUAUAUUUUGUGCCAUCCUUCACUGAGACCUAAAGAGAUGUAUGUACUAAAAGUGAUUGUGUUCUAGUAUUUUUGCCCAUGCCUUUGUAUAUGUGUGUGUUAAGAAUAUUUGAGUUAGAUUUUUCCUUUAUAGCCAAAUGCAUUUUAAUAACCUGAAAAAUAAUUAAAUGACAGGCUGAUGUCCUCCACUUUUAUAAUGGUGAAAACACAUUAAAAUGUAUCUUUAGUUUCUCUGCUCUUUUUAUCUAGAGACCUUUUGAAAUAUUAGAAUAUCAGGAAGAAAGUGUCCUAAGCAACUUGAGUCAGAAAAUACACUAUACAUUUAGCUAGUUCUUUUUUUUUUAAAUAGAAGGCAUUGAUUGAGGUGUUCUCUUUGUAGUUAAAUGGAAUCAUCUAAUCAAGUAGCGACUAAUUCUUUUUAAAAGCAUUCUUUCAGCUAGUGUUAAGAAAUCCAUAUUUAGUGUUAAGGGAUGAGAGAAGUUCUGAUUAAAUCUCCAUUGCUAUUCUCUUUCUGGGAAAAAAAACAAACAUCAUUGGGUUACAGUUCAUUUGCUCAAAUAGGCUUUUUUUUUUUUUUUUUUUCCAGUCAAAAUACUAACAAUAUCUAUAGAAUUAGUAAUUGAGAGUGCUGUGUAUUUGUAUGUAUAGUACUGUUUUGUUUCUCAAAGUGGUUAUGUUUAGAGCAAGAGGUUUAUUUUUCUAAAAGGAAAGAAGGAUUUCCCAGCAGCUCCAGGCAUAAAGUAUUUCCUCUGCUUUCUGCUGGUUUUAAUGUUUUGGAAGUCUUCAGGGAACUUACAUGAUCUCUGCCUUUGGCUAGAUGUUGUAAUAGGAAUGUGACAAUAGUGUGCAGUGAGAUGGAAGAUAGAAGAAAACGAAGGGAAACGGGUUAAAGUGGAUUUUUGAGUCCAGGAAAGGAUAUGGAUAUUUAUAAAACAGACAGAUAUGGUUUGGUUGUCCAUCAUUACGUUUAAAUGUUUAUGCUAAUACUUGUUCUCUUAAAAAUAAAAACGCUUAAGUAGAAUGAUUUUGAGGUUAAAUCAAAUCUCUAAAAUCUAACAGAUUUGAAAUAAAGGUAGCAUUCUUAUGAUGUUAGAUUUUAGAGAUUUGAUUUAACCUCAAAAUCAUUCUACUUAAGCGUUUUUAUUUUUAAGAGAACAAGUAUUAGCAUAAACAUUUAAACUUCAGAUUCUGAGUUCUUCCCAAAAGCUUGAAAAUUUGGUUCUGAAUUAUUUCAAAAUUUAGAACUCAUAUUGAAAUUGCGAGUUAUGUUAACAGUGGCUUUGUUAAGUUGCCAUUUGAAGUAGAAAACCUUUUCUGUUAGAUUCUGAAAAAUAGCUGUAUAUUAUUUCCCUUUAUUUAAGUGGCACAGAUUUUUUUUUUUUUAAUUUCCCUUUUUCAUGUAUAUAUUAAAGAAUGUAAACUGUUCAAAUUGGCACAGUUUGCUUGUCAGUUUUUAGUUCUACCAAUAUGGUAAUCAUAAAGAUUAAUUUGUAUAAAAAACUGAUGUCAAGUCUACUAGUCAGUUAGCAUCAGUUUUUACUUUUGGGAGGACUCAGCCCUUUUAAUUUUUUCUUGCAGUAGCGUUCUGUCUUAGAGAAACAGGUUUUUGGUAAAGAUUUUGUGGAAAUUUCAUGGAGAUGAGGAAAUCUGUUUAAUUUUCUGGAAAUGGCUAAUCACGCUGAUAUUUUAAUGACUGGAAAGGCAGCAGUUCUUUUAAUAAGAGCUUUUGUUAAUAGAUUUUUAUAUUUUUUCCCUAAUACCAAAUUUAGAUGUUGUCAGAGGUCCCCCCUCCCCCAGAUUAGAACCUCUAUCAAUGUCUCAGCCUAAAACUAAAGUAGAAAUUAAGUAGAUAUAGUAAUUUUAAAGAAAAACAAAGCACCACCACCACCCCCAACCCGCCAUGAGGCUUGCUUAAUAUCAGGUGUCUUUCCAGUUGGACCUUAUAAAGGCUAAGGUUUCUUCCAGGUAUCAAUUCUGUUCUCAUAUUCGUUAUCUAUACUGCUUUUAAAUUUUUGUUUUUUUGUGGUAUGUGCAUGCUGGGGAGAAGAGAUGUGUCUGGAUACAAUCAUACAGUCUUGGGGCAGUUUCUGUGUGAUACAUUUGCAGUUCAUAUGUAUUUAUAAGUAACCUUUUCAUCCUGGCCUAUUUAUUGCAACAUUUAAUGACAUUUUGUUUAAAUACCAGUUUUAACUGGUUGAGAAUGAUAAAAAGUAUUAGAGUCAGUCACCCUAGGCUUUGGCAAGACAGCCUAUUUAACUUUAUAUGGUAUAUGACUAAUACCGGAGGAAGUGUAAGCUUUUUGUGAUUGUGUUGAAAUUAUUUCAUAGGAAAUUUAAAAAUGAGACUAUACCAAUUGUAUCUGUAAUUAAUUGUGUUUUUAAUACAAUGAUUUCACUGAAAGUGUGUUUUUUGCUCUUAGAGUGGAAAAGCAAUUACAAAAGGACAAUUAUUCCACUUUAAUGAAAAAAUUGUCUUACAGCAGAAUGGCUAUUUGCAUUUUUCAUGGACCAGUUAAUUCUUACCCUAAAUCACAUUUUGAAAAGGAUUUUCUUUAAGGUUUAUUGCUGGCAAAAUACUUUUUUGAGCCUUUUAAAUGACUUUUCCUUUUUACUUGAAUAAUGGUCUCAGUAUUUUAAGGAUUGGGGAAACUUGAAUUUUUUUGUACUAUUAAAUGCAUUUACUCUUCACCUCUUUGAACUUGAAAAUGAAGCAACAGGGUUAUGAGUUCCCAGGUAGUAUAGUGAUUUCUGGGAGUUUCCUCAGCUUUUAAUCAAAAGGUUUGAUUAAAACAUCAGCUUUUGAUGAUGUUGUAGGAAUUUUACUGACUUUGUGUUUUUGUAUCAUAAAAGACUUGUGAAAUAAAUUAUUGACAAACCAGAAUUUAUUGCUGUAUGAGGAGAUUUGGGGAAGUUUAAGGAUGGGGAGAAUCAUGGAAUUAUGAAAAAAUUUUAAAAUUUUACGAAUGACUUUGUAAGUCAUUUGUGUUCAUUUUUGUGUACUUUUUCCAUUUCAGGUUAAAGUUUUAUAUUAAAUAUACAUAUUAUUAAUAUAUUUUGCAGACGGCAAGGAAUGUUGUAGACUAUAAAUGAGUCAUUUGGCUUUUCUUCAAAAUUUAGGUAGUAAGGGAAUCAUGAUAUGUAAAAUGAACUCUGAACAGAGAAUCUGUGAUUCUGUUACUAAUUGACAACAUUUUGUAAGGGCUUAGUUUCUUCUAUUUAUAAUAAUCCCUUCAUCCUUCACAGGGUUACUUUGAGGACUGAAUUAGAUAAUGGAUGUAAAAGAACUUUGUAAUAUGUAAAGUGCUUUGCAAAUAAAAAUGAAUACUAUUAUUUA